AACAUUAAAAACAGGUUAUAUAAAUUAAUUAUUUAUACUGUUGAAUAUUCAUCAUAUUGUUUCUUUUAUGAGAUUGAAAAAUGUAUAGGUUAUAGCUGUAAUAGUCUGUACUCUUCCUAACGAAGGGUACAUUAAUAAUGAAGCAUAACAACUGUCGAACGUCUUCUUAUAACUGAAUUAUAAACCAAUCGAGGGAAAGCUUUAACAGAACACGUAGAAGUCUAAUUUAAAUGAAAACUAUUGAGAGGAAAAAAUAUUACUAACUAUACAAAAACGAUCGAAAAACAGUAGAUUUUUUUCUUUUUCCAGUAAAAACUAAAUGACCAAUAGAACAUGCACUACAACGUGAUCUGGGUAUAAAAAAAGCAAUAUAGUUGGAUUGAGAAUAAAUGAGUGGCGCACUACUGCAGUUUUACUUUUUGUGCAGAGAGUGAGAGCCACGGAGAAAGAGAGAGAGAGAGAGAGAGAGAGAGAGAGACAAGGAAAGAAAAAAGAGAGAGAAAAAAGAAAAGAACAGAGAGGGAGACAGACAGAGUGAAUGAGUGAAAGAUUUAGAUAGAUAGAGAAAGAGUUAGAGGAAAGAGAAAGUGAGCACAUUGCAGUUGCAAUGUAAUUUUCAAACGCAGCAACGCCUUUAAUUCUUUAAAUCAUAAGGAACUCAAAGAAUAUAUUGACUAUUGGAACUGACAUUUCAUAUCGCAAUCUUCCAGUUUAUCCUUGUUUUGUAUUUUUAUUUUCUCGAAUAGAAUACUGCAAUGAAACGUAAAAUUGCAAAAACUGUUGUUUUUUGUGGAUUAGUAUGGAUAAUACUCGUUUUCUUAGUAACAAAUUAUGAAGAUGGGAAAGUUACAAACAUUUUUAUAUGGUCGACAAAUGAAAUAACGAAUAAUGAAGUUAUGAGGGACUGUAUCUUAACUCAGGAUAUAGAGAGAGCUCAGGUGAUUGUUACCAACUUAAAGGAUCUUAAUUCAUUCAUAAACUCUGCAAAGAACAUUAAAGAUAAGGAAAAAUUUCUCUAUUCGGAUUUUCCACCUAAUAAAUCUCUUGAUCGUGAGCUAAUCGAUAAUCACUUUGAUUGGCUAAUAUCCUAUGUCAAAGAAUCGGAUAUUGUUAUUAAACAGUUUAAAAGAACUUUUUUUAUACAUAGCAAUGAAGCUGAUGAAAGAGCCUUCGAUAGUGAGUUUGCCUCAAGAACAAGGUUAAUAUUUUGGAUGAAAGAAGAUUGCCAUCAGUCAUUGACAACAGAAAGAAUUGAAAAUUACAUAGAAUUGCUCAGUCGGUUUAUUCCCGUUGAUAUUUUAUCGAAAUGCGAUAAUUCGCUAUUUCCUGAUGCCGAGAAACUAUAUAAAUAUCAAUUUAUCCCCUCUAAUUCCAAUUGUAGAGGAUACGCGAAUCCAACCGUGAUAAAAGCACUUAGUAACGGCCUAAUUCCUGUUGUAUAUGGAGUAGAACAAUCUAAAUCAAACAUCUUACCGGAAAAUUCGACUUUGUUCAUUCCCCAAUCGACGUCACCUGCUUUCCUAGGACGGCAUUUGAAGACCUUAGUAGCUGAUAAAAAUUCCUACUUCCGCCUGAAAAAUUGGAUUUUUAGCGGAGGAUUAGUGGAAAAUAAGCGAAUCGAACUGGGAGAAUUAUGUCAGUUUAUAAGAGGGCAAAGGAGAUUUCGAAAAAGGAGGAUUUCUAAGUGGUGGAAUGUUGACACGCAAUGUUCCAUUAAUCAAUAAUACAGAGCUUUUAUCAUCAUAACGCUGUUUCCAUUACUCUAAGUGAUAAAGUUGGCUUGACUUUGUAUAUUUUUUUAACAAUGCCCUUUUUUUUCCAUUAAUAUAUAUUUUAAUGCUAGAUAUUUAAAUAUAAUAUAUAAGUCUUAAUCCCUUUCUUUCUUUUCUCAAUAAACUAGGCCUAUAUGAAAAAAUUCUUACAACAAUUACAUUUAAUGGUAAUAAUUAAUUAGGUGAGGAGAGUUAUUUAAUUAGUAAUACUUCUUUUGAAGUGAAUAAAUAACAUUUGAAGUAGAGAAGAAUUUUAAGUAGAUUAGUAAAGGGAUCAUUUGUUAACUCUUGUAAGAGAAGUUUAGGAGGUCGCUUCCUUCUAAUUUUUUCUUCUUCAUAUGCUCUGUUUCCUUUCCUUUUUCUCCUUAACAUUAUGCUUUUUUGAUAUAAUAGCAUCUCCAUAGUAAUGAAAGUGAAUAAUUUCGUCAUAAAAUAUUCAAUUAUUAAUGGAUAAAAG